ACACAAAAACAGAGCUUCAUACCAGAAAUAGAGUUUCAUACCAGUCUGCUGCAAUAGUGGUAUCAGAGCCCCACCUCCAACGAGACCUCUGACCUCUUUACUUCCCAACCAUGGACUCCGACAGCAGCUCCUCUGAAACCAACGCAGUCAACCCAAACUCAGCAGCCAUCGUGAUCAACAAUCAACGCGGCCCCUUCUCAUUCAACGCCGCGGCUUUUCCCUUAAAGUUGACUCCAACUAAUUAUUUAUCUUGGAAAUCACAAUUCACUUGUCUUCUUGCAGGAUUUGAGCUCCUUGGUUAUUUGGAUGGUUCUCAUCCAUCCCCUGUUGCCACAGAACCAAGCUACAGUCUGUGGGCACGCCAGGAUCAGUUAAUUCGCCAUGCACUGAUUACUUCCGUAUCCGAGAGCAUAACACCAUACAUAGCCGCUGCAGCUACGGCACAACAGGCAUGGGAAACAUUAGCGAGACUCUAUGCAAAUCGAUCUCGCACCCGUGUCAUCACCCUUAAGGAGCGCCUGCAGAACACGCGUCGUGAUGGUUGCUCGGUGUCUGAAUAUCUCCGAGCGCUCAAGUCUGUGGCAGAUGAAUUAGGGACAAUAGAUCGGCCUCUCACUGAUGAUGAUCUUACAGUCUACAUAUUGAAUGGACUGGGACCAGAAUUCCGAGAGAUAGCAGCCUCUCUUCGUACUCGUGAUUCAUCCCUCUCCUUUGAUGAUCUGCACGAUCGACUGGUGGCUCAUGAGGAAAGCCUUAGGCGAGAGGAACUCAAGGCUGAUUCUUCCCCAAUAACCGCACACUAUGCUUCAAUCCCGAAGUCUAUGUCGCCAUCACAGGUUGGUCUUUUUCCACCCGCCUCAAACAAUCGUUACUCACCUUCAACUUCUUCACAGAAUCGCAGAGGUGGAAACUCAUAUCAGCAGAGGCCCAACAACAGAAGGCGCGGUUCAUUCUCCAGGCCCAACAACAUUAGUCGACCCACUUGCCAGUUAUGUAACCAGGCUGGUCACUUUGCCCGGAGUUGUCCCUAUCAUCGGAUCCAGAAUCUGAACCCCCAGGCCAACUUUGCUUCUUCUGUUGCACCAGCUGCUGAUGAUUGGCUCUUAGACUCAGGAGCAACUAAUCAUGUAACCACUGAUUUGGCAAACCUUGCACUCCACUCUGAGUAUCAUGGUCCUGAUGAACUCCAAAUUGGUGAUGGAACAGAGUCUACUUUCCCAUUUAAAAAUUCCACUUUCUUGUGUGAUGCCUCUAAUUCCUCACCGGUUUUCCGUGAUAUGCCAAUGAUGCCAAACUCCACGAGUGCAGGUAUGAGUGUUGAGCCUCCUCCAUUGUUCCCUUGUGUACCGACUCACUCUCACCGCCCACCUAAGUUCCACAAUGCCCAACCCAGCCAUGAGCAACCUGCAGCUUCUAUUUACCCAUUAUCUACCCCUAUGUCCACUAGCACACCCUCUCCCCUUCCUUCCCUUACUUCACCAUCCUCUCCCAUUGAGACCAAUUCUGUUCACCAAUCCCCUGCCCCAUCCGAUUCCCACUCCUCCCCUCUUAGGUCCCCACCACCGCAACCUCUUCGGACUCACCCAAUGGUCACUCGUUCCCAAAACAAUAUUUUCAAACCUAAGACACUCUUCCAUGCAACUAAAUCUCCAUUGUCCCUCCCCAUUGAACCCACUUGUGUCACACAAGCUCUUAAGGAUCCCAAUUGGAGACAGGCUAUGUCCGAGGAGUUUAGUGCAUUGGUUCGCCAAGGAACGUGGGAACUGGUUCCUUCACAACCAUCUCAACAUGUUCUUGGUUGCAAAUGGGUAUUUCGCUUGAAAAGAGGCAAAGAUGGGUCCAUUGAGCGCUAUAAGGCGCGUCUUGUUGCGAAGGGCUUUCAUCAACGACCAGGUUCUGAUUACUUUAAUACUUUCAGUCCUGUUAUCAAGCCUACCACCAUUCGUACUGUGUUAUCUCUUGCAGUGAGUAGGGGGUGGUCUAUUCAGCAAUUAGAUGUUAAUAAUGCUUUCCUUCAUGGACACAUUGAUGAGGUAUUAUACAUGCAGCAACCGACAGGCUUUGUGGAUCACAAUUUUCCUUCACAUGUUUGUAGGCUACGAAAAUCUUUGUAUGGCCUUAAGCAGGCCCCUAGGGCUUGGUUUCAAGCUCUGAAGGACUUCAUUUUGGCUCAAGGCUUCUUUCACUCCAAGUCUGACAAUUCCUUAUUUAUCUAUCAUAAAGGGUCCACUUGGAUCUAUUUUUUGGUCUAUGUCGACGAUAUCAUUGUUACUGGGAAUGAUUCUGCUGCCGUUCAAUCCAUUGUGCAAGUCAUGAGUACCACUUUCUCCCUCAAAGAUCUUGGUCCUUUGAGUUUUUUUCUCGGCAUAGAGGCAAUCUCUACUAAGGAUGGGCUUUUUCUCUCUCAACAGAGGUAUAUUCUUGAUCUUCUUCAGAAAACUGGUAUGGCUGAUGCUAAACCUGUCUCCAGUCCUUUGGCUUCUACUUCUGUUCUGCAGCUAUCCACUGGCACUCCUCUCUCUGAUGGCACCAAUUAUAGGAAAAUUGUUGGCUCUCUUCAGUACUUAUCUCUUACACGGCCUGAUCUAUCCUUUGCUGUUAGUCGCUUGUCUCAGUUUAUGCAUCGUCCUACUGAUUCUCAUUGGCAAGCUGUGAAACGCGUUCUCCGUUAUCUUCGCGGUUCUGUCUCUCACGGCUUACUUUUGCGACCCCAGCCAACAUUGUCACUCCAUGCAUUUUCCGAUGCUGAUUGGGCCGGAGAUCGGGAUACUUAUACCUCAACCACUGGCUAUCUUGUCUUUCUUGGCAGCAAUCCUGUGUCUUGGCGCGCUGCUAAGCAACGAGCAGUUGCUCGGAGCUCUACUGAGGCUGAGUAUCGAGCUUUAGCUACUGCUGCCUCUGAACACAUUGCCAUUGAUCUUCAUUUCGUGCGUGAACUAGUCGAUCGGAAGGUUUUACAUGUUUCACACAUUUCUUCUCAAGAUCAAUUGGCUGAUGUUCUUACCAAGGCCCUUCCUUCUCUUCGGUUUCAUUCUUUGAGGUCCAAGAUCGGUGUUGCCGAUGGCACCUCCGUCUUGCGGGGGCAUAUUAAGGAAACUGCAUCUGCUGCAGUAAAGUAGGAAACUGAAUCUGCAGCAGUAAAGUAAUUGCCCAGGA